UUGCAAUAUUAUUAAUAAUAGUAUGCGCACGGAUGAUAAAUAUAAGGAAAGGUGCCGCGUGAUAAUGUGCGGCGUGAUUGAGGGGUACAACACCCCGUUCGAGGAGCGUUAUGGUGUGAAGAAUUCGAUUGAGAUUUUCUCCAAGCGGCUGACCUUGACUGGGUUCGUUGUAACUGAUGAAGAUUUCGGCCCGGCAUACUUCAAGCAACAUCAGGAGACCCUGCAGAAGUAGAUUGCGGAGGGUAGCUUCGAAGUCAAGCUACACAUCACCCACGGUAUCGACAACGCACCUGAAGGCUUCAGAGAGCUGUAUCAGGGUAAAAACUUCGGUAAAGUCCUAGUUAAGAUCAAGGAGUAGGCUCUACCUUAACUCUUAGUUUGUAAUUAGCACCUAAGAACGUGGAUAUGAUAUGUGCUUUGGUUACGGGAGAUAGCUUUACAAACUAGGGUUGACAGUAAUGAAUCAACACUCUUAACUUACUGCCUCGGUCUAAUACAAUCAUCAUGGCGUUAACUGAGAAUUAUGUCGUAAACCCCGCUGUUCAUUUUUCACACUGGCCUCGUAGCACAGCCUAUAAACCGUGAAAGUACCUAAACUGGAUGUUCUAACGAAGCCAUAUUAUUCCCCUUACUUCGCCCCUAACGCGCAUUAAAGAGGAAGGGCAAUCACAUGGUAGAUAGGUAGGUAUAUUACAACAACCACUAGCAUACUUGUAUCGUAGAAUAUAAAACACGCGUCAAGCGGCCACCCGAGCCUAGAGUUCUAGACACGUC